AUGGCAGAUCCUGUGCAUUUCACCUUGUACUUUCAGGCACAAAGACACAAUUUCAAUGGCCCACAAUGUGGUACGAAACCUCAUGAAUCCCGUGAAGUUCGUUUCAAUCCAGAAGUAAUACGCGCUGGUGAAGGCAUUAUUGGACUUCAGGCUGGAACCAACAAAUUUGCUACACAGAAAGGAAUGGUGAUUGGCGGAGUCCGCCACGUUGCAGACAUCCGCUGUGACAAGUACGAUCCAGAAAGUUGCAAAGACAUUAACCUGCAAAGCGGUACCAACAAAUAUGCUACACAGAAAGGAAUGGUGAUUGGCGGAGUCCGCCACAUUGCAGACAUCCGUUGUGACCAGUAUGAUCCAGAAAGUAGUAAAGACAUUAACCUGCAGGCUGGAACCAACAAAUAUGCAUCCCAGAAAGGAAUGGUGAUUGGCGGAGUCCGCCACGUUGCAGACAUCCGCUGUGACCAGUACGAUCCAGAAAGUUCCAAAGACAUUAACCUGCAAAGCGGUACCAACAAGUUUGCCACACAAAAGGGAAUCGUCAUUGGGGGUGUUCGCCACAUCGCAGACAUCCGUUGUGACGACUUCUCACAGGACUCACAAGGACAUGUCGGCUUGCAGAGCGGUUCAAAUAAAUUCGCUACCCAAAAGGGUAUGAGCUUCGGAGCAGUCCGUCACGUGAAUGACAUCAAGUCAGAUGAAAUCAGUGAUGAAGGCAAACGUACCAUCAAUCUCCAAUAUGGCUUUACUACUGGGGCGAACCAAUCAGGAAUGAGCUUCGGAAAGAACAGAUCUAUUCUAUUAUAGAUUAGUAACGCCACACUUGCAAUGAAGCAUUGAAAAUGUUCACAUAUUAGCAUUGUCCUAUUUUUCGCAUAAGAUAAUUCCACAUUACUGCUUAGCACCCACACUUUCAAAGCAUUCUGUUCUGUUAUUAUAUAUUACUUUGAGAGCUUGCUUUUUUUUAUUCUUAUAAGUUUUUUUCUUUUGUAUUUCAAUCAAGCCAGAUAUGUUUUAAAGAAAAUGCAUAAAAAGUGUACCUUCUGUGAACGAGGCUUGGAAGUUGCUAAAGCUAGCAAUAAUAAAUAAUUAUUCUGAUUAAAAAUAAUAAAUAAUUAAAAAUAACAAAUUAUAAUAAUAAUAAUAAUAUUAAUAAUUAUAAUAAUAAUAAUAAUAAUAAUAAUAAUAAUAAUAAUAA